AAAGAGGCAAGAGUUGUCAAUCUGGAGUGCAAGCUGCGAAGAUUGUCAAAGGAAGGGAUCUUUCUUGACCAGAGUUUGCCAAGAAAUCUUCACAUUAUCAUGUCACCGGGCUCAAAAACUAGUGGUCAGGAGGCUGAGGACUCAUCUGAUUCUAUGGGAUCUCCUGAUGAGAAAUAUUUCUUCAACAAUGGUGAAUCAAAGAAAAGAAGGAGGAUGAACCUAAAAGGCAUUCCCCAAAUUUUAAGAACAAAGUCUCCAGUAUCCAACAGGCAAAAUGGAUUUCAAGCUUCUGAAGAUGUGGACAGCAAAAUAGAUUGCAUCAAUUGUCAAACGGAGUCAAUGUCUCGUAGGUCUGGAUCAUUUACCAAUACUACUGUCAACAGCUCUGAUAUUUCCAAGUACCAAAUAAAAAAAUCGAAGUUAUAGCAUAAUGUCCACAACACCAGAACCCCCUGGGAAUGACUCUCUAUCGUGAGAAGAAGUAAAGAAGAUGUGCCCACAUACAGUGCUGCUGAUGAGGACAAUGACAGUAUAGAAUUAGAUGAUGAGUUUCAUGACAGAUACUCAUAUGGUCCUCCAUCUAUUCAUUCCUCCUCUUCUUCACACCAGUCAGAAAGCCUG